CGCUCACCCGAGAGUCAGGUCAGACUCAUUGUGGAUGGGAUCUCGUAACCUCCGGUCCGCUACGCGUUUAUUUCCUUCCGAGUAAAAAAAUGAAAACGGGGAAGUAGACGCAGUAUCGCUGCUCCUCGCGCGCGCGGACCUGACACGGACACCUUAUUUAUAUAUAUAUAUAUAUACACACACACACACACACACGCGCGCGCGCACAUAUUUCUAUACGUUGUGUGUGUGUGUACGUGUGUUUGUGUUACAUUAUAGCUUUUAUUCUUCUCGGUUCGGUGACUAACUGAUCCAGCCGUGAUGGAGUACUGGCGGCAGUGCGCGCACUGGCUGAUCCGGUGUCGGGUGCUCCCGCAGUCGCACCGGGUCACCUGGGAAACGGCGCGCGCCUUCGACCUGGCGCAGAGUCUCCGGGACGGUGUGCUGCUGUGUCAGCUGCUCAACAACCUGCAUCCUCAAACCAUCAACCUGAAGGAGAUCAACCUCAGGCCGCAGAUGUCCCAGUUCCUGUGCCUGAAGAACAUCAGGACGUUCCUGACCGCGUGCUGCGAGGUGUUCGCUAUGAAGAAGAGCGAGCUUUUCGAGGCUUUCGACCUGUUCGACGUGCGCGACUUCGGCAAGGUGAUCGACACGCUGUCCAAACUGUCCAACACCGCAAUCGCACUACAGACUGGAAUACGGCCGUUUCCUACAGAAGAAAGCGUGGAAGACGAGGACAUCUACAAUCACCUGGAAGAUCUCAUAGAUGAGAAUGGUGUGGAUGAUGAAGAGGACCUGUAUGACUGUGUGUAUGACGAUGAGGGUGGUGAAGUUUAUGAAGACCUGAUGAAGAUGGAAGCUGGAGGAGCUCCACCUAAACAGGCGGAGACGGACAUCAGGAGCUGCUGCUUGGCUGAGAUCAGACAGACGGAGGAGAAGUACGCUGAGACUCUGGAGUCUAUCGAGAAAUUCUUCCUCAGGCCGUUGGAGCAGUUUCUUACAGCGUCUGAGAUCAACAAGGUCUUCAUCAACAUUCCUGACCUAGUGAAAGUACACAAGAGCCUGCUGCAGGAUCUCCAGAACUCCAUCAGUCACCAGAGCGCCAGUAACCUCUACCAGAUCUUCAUCGAUUACAAGGAGAGGUUACUGAUCUACGGGAAGUACUGCAGCCACGUGGAGACGGCCAUCACCUACCUGGACGAGCUCUGUAAAGAAAAAGAGGACGUGAGACAAAAACUGGAGGUCUGUUCCAAAAGGGCGAAUAACGGGAAGUUUACACUCAGAGAUCUCCUCGUCGUGCCAAUGCAGAGGGUUUUGAAGUAUCAUCUGCUUCUCCAGGAAUUAGUGAAACACACUAACGAUGCUGUGGAGAAGAGCAACCUGCGCAGUGCUCUGGACGCCAUGAAGGAUUUGGCGCAGUAUGUGAACGAGGUGAAGAGAGACAACGAGACGCUGAGGGAAAUCGACCAGUAUCAGAAAUCCAUUGAGAACCUUAAUCAGCCUCUGUUAAAUUAUGGGAGGCCUAAAGGGGACGGUGAGGUUCGAGUCUUAACGGUGGACAAACGAGCCAAACAGGACAGGCACAUCUUCCUGUUCGAUGCUGCCGUGAUUGUGUGUAAGAGGCGAGGAGAUGUGUACGAGAUGAAGGAGGUGAUCGACCUCCACAACUUCAAGAUCACCAACAACCCCACCUCAGAUAAAGAGAACCGCAAGUGGUCCUAUGGGUUUUAUCUCACACACAACCAGGGACGGAGUGGCUUUGAGUUCUUCUUCAAGACCAAAGAACUGAAGAAGAAGUGGCUCGAGCAGUUCACCAUGGCCAUCUCCAACAUUCGGCCGGAGAACGGAACCAGCAACCAGCACGAGUUCCGCAUGCACACCUUCGAGAGGAUCACGGCCUGCAGCUCCUGCAAGAUGUUGCUGAGAGGGAUCUUUAAUCAGGGUUAUCAGUGCACUAAAUGUGGAGAAGGAGCUCAUAAGGAAUGUUUGGCCAGAGUGCUACUGUGUGGAAAAGGCAGCGGAUCUGAUAUGGGAUCGUCCCGGACACAGGACCGACCACACAGCCGGAAAGCUGAUCCAGGUUUGCCAAAAAUGUUGGCUAUAAGGAAUUACCGCGGCGAUCCGGUCCCGCAGUAUGGCCCCGCCCUGAACAUCCAGCAGGGUGACAUCAUCGAGCUGAUCCGCGCAGACCUGCACAGCUCCUGGUGGCAGGGCAAAGUCUUGACGACGAGAGAGGUUGGAUUCUUUCCAAGCGACGCUGUGAAGCCUUGUCCGUGUGCAAAACCUAUUGAUUACUCUUCGCAACCCUGGUUUGCAGGUGGCAUAUUGCGAGUGCAGGCGGAGGAGGUGCUUCUGAACAGGCAGAACAGCACGUACCUGGUGAGGCAUCGAGGGCACGACAGUAACGAGUACGCCAUCAGCAUCAAGUUUAACAACGACGUGAAACACAUCAAGAUCUUAACCAAAGACGGUUACUUCCAGAUCGCCGAGAACCGCAGGUUCAGGAGCAUCAUGGAGCUGAUUGAAUACUAUAAACAUCACUCCCUAAAGGAGGGCUUCAGGACACUUGAUACAACACUGAAGUUUGCCUACAGAGAGCCAGAGAAUGGAGGGAGCAUGUUGACUCCGAAGGUGAUCGGUGUGGCGAUCGCUCGCUACGACUUCAGCUCCCGCGACAUGAGGGAGCUGUCGCUGCAGGAAGGGGACAUAGUGAGGAUCUACAGCAAGUCCACAACUAACGGCUGGUGGAGGGGCGAGGUCAACGGCCGGGUGGGCUGGUUUCCCUCGACAUACGUAGAAGAAGGAGAGGAGUGAAAAGCAAACCAACAGAAAGAAGUAUAAAAGACAUUUUUAUGUUUACACGCUGAUCCAGACUGAACCAUGGACUCGUCCUGUUUUAACACGAGUCUGAAAGAAGUGUCUCAGCAGGGACACUCAGCACUUACCCAGAAUCCUCUGCUGUCAGCAAAACAGUCAAGGUGUUUGUGUGUGUGUGUGUGUGUGUGUGUGUGUGUGCACGUGUGUGUAUGUGUUUUACUGUGAACGAUGGGAGGUAGUCAGAACCCCCACAGGUGUGUACGUCACUGUGUGUGUGUGUGUGUGUGUGUCUAUAUCUUUGACAUUGUCACUAAUCAGCUGGAUUUAUUGUGUGGAUGUUUGUGUUUUCUUGUCCUCCGUUGUUGCUGCUUAUCUAGUAAGGACAUGUUUAUCUGAUUUGAGAGACAGAGAGUGAGCUGAUAGACACACACACACACACACACAGAGACUCUCACCUCUAGAUAGUGCAUCCACUGCAUUUUUAAUCCAGUAUCCUGAUAGUAAAUGAUUGACAGCCCACACUCCCUGCUCUUCUUAUCUGACCCACUUUCCAGACACCAGAACCCCCCAGCCAGUCCAUUUCAGCCCAAACCCGAAAUAGAAAUUUAGAAUAAAUUAUUUUUUUGACACCAGAUUUCACAGUCAUGUAACAGAUGAGACUAAGAUCACGAUGGAUCAUAAAAGGCUUUUUGCAGAGAUUUAUUUGUCUCGUCAGUUUGGUAAUCGGGGGGUGUGCGUCUCGCAGCGUGGCUGUAGUGUGGAGUGGAUGCCACUAGAUGGCAGCAGCAUUCAUGGAUUAAUAAACUCUCUCACAUCCCACCAUCACAUCACAGCACAGCACUAUCCAGUACCAAACCUUUACAGGGGGAAACUUCCUCCUUUCAGUUUCUCCCAGUUACCUCCCAGUACGCUAAAUUCCCAUUUCGCUACAGAACAGUCCUCAGGCUUGGACCAGAUAUUACAGAUAAACUCCGCUCUCUGUCCACACGGACCAGUGUGGUGAAAGGAGUGUCUAAUCUAAAGAGACGAUUAAACAUUCCAGAUCAUUCCAGAACAAUGAACACUCCCGGACUUUCCAUAGCACCAAUUUAAGAAUCUUCUAGGCCCAUGGGACAAGCCAGAACGCAUCCAGUUUCAGAACCUCUAUAAACUUUUUGCUUAUUCUGGAACAUCCCAAUUGUAGAACCACUAGGAUAGAGGUUCAUGCAAAAACAUCCAAGAACCUCAGUGAUAGCUAAUGCUAGAGUGUUCCAUAUAAACAGCCCAUUCUAGAGCUUCCUCUAGAUUCAUGCUAGAACAUUCCAGACAACCAACCCAUUGUAGAACCUCUACAACCUAAAGUCAUGCUAGAACGUCCUAGAAAUCCAACCCAUUCUAGAACCUCCCAAAAUACAGAACAGAUUCUGGAACAUUACUGGACACCAAAUCCGUUCUGCCAUAUUUACUUACCAAGAUGUUCUACAACAUUCUAGAAGAUUCCAGAAUCCUUAGCCGACCCAAAACGUCUGCAAUCCAGAAUCCUGAUCCAUCCUAAAAACGACUCCUAGAGCUUAGAUAUUCCUGAACCCUCACCCAUCUCGAUCCAUCCUAAAACAAUCCUGAUCACCAACUUGAUCUUACUGUAUACAUCCCAGCACAUGGACCCAUCCUUCAGCAUUCCAGAACAUUCCAGAAUAUUUCCGGAUAUUUCUCCACCUGAGGUUAAAAAGCUGUGUUGCUUCAUUUGCCAUCACCUGGACAUCUCUGAGCUGAGAGUUUCUAGCUGACAUGGAAAACACAGAGAGGAAAAUGCAUCCAUCCUGAUUGGUUGAUUCUGUUUCUCAUUCACACGCAGCCACUAAAACCAAAGGCCCUGGUUAAAUGCGGCAGGAACCGGAAUCAUACGUCCGUUUUCCAUUUAAGAACCUCACGUGUUAUUGGACGCAUAUAUAAUAAUCUGCACCGAAUGUGUAUUACACCAACCAUCUGUCUUCUCAGCUACACCUCUGAUGAACUCUGAUAAGAGCUCAUAUCUACCCACAAUCCCAUGCUUCUAUAUGUCAAACUGUCAUUACAGACAUGUCAGUGCAUGGUUCUCUCUCUCUCUCUCUUUUCCCUGUGUGACCUUCCCACUGUGCAAUGAUGUUUAGCAAAGGCCAAUAAAAUCCUCCCACGAUUUAAUAACACACUUUAUGCGUGGAAGUGUUGAAUAGAUAAACGUUACGUAGUCAUUCCCAUGUUCAAUGCUGCAUGUUUUCUUUUUUUUUCUCGUGAUUGUAAAUUCGUAACCUUUCAACCAACCUGUUAGAGCUACUAACAGCAUCCGAGAGCUGUACAUGUCUAUAAAGGACCUUGAAUAUUCCUUUGGUACUUUUGUGUCUGUUGUUCACCGAAGCCAAAGACCUGUGUGUGUGUGUGUGUUUGUGUGUGUGUUUGUGUGUGUGUUUGUGUGUGUGUUUGUGUGUGUGUGUGUGUGUGUGUGUGUGUGUGUGUGUGUGUGUGUGUGUGUUUGUGUGUGUGUGUGUGUGUUUGUAUGUAUGUAUGUGAGCCACAGUGGCCUGUGCAAUCCUGAAUUACUGCUGUGUUAUACUGUACAUAUGUAGAUAAUGCACAAUAAAGUUAUAUUGCUUGUUUUUA